AUGGUGCACAAACCUGGCACACAGCAGGUGCUCAGCUCUGCUGACCUGGCCAGCCCUGCCCCCAGCAGUGUUGCAACCCAGAGGCCAGAGGCAGGGACACUGGAGCUGGGUGUCUGUUUUGCCUACUGUGCUAUCUGCAAGCCAUCAUCAGCCUGCUGCAAUGUGAACCCUCUGAGAGCAGGCUCUGGGGAGUCCCGCAUGAUCCUCCUCUUCGUCCAUGCCCUGCUGAGAGGCCACAGCUGCUCCUGGUUCCUGGCGCAGGGAAGGCAGGGUCUGGGUCCCCAGUCACUGACAGGGCUGCUGGGGGUGACCCUGAUUCAUCCUCAUGAAGGAAACUUGGACCAGGAUGUGAUCCGAGGGUCCCCCAUCAGAAGGCCGGGAAGGGUGUCUGCGCAGCCAUUUUGGAGGCGCGCGGCGGCACGAAGGGAGGGACCGUGGAGGCUUUCAGCACCAGCUGCCAGCCCGCGGCUGCCCUUGCUCGCUCACGAAUUCCCCGGCCUGCCCUCCCACUGCCGCCCUGAAUGCCUCCUUACACGUCCUGAGAAAACAUUCAUAACGGCCCGCCGCCUCCCACCUCCCAAGGAAUGCGCGCCUCGGGCCGGCGGGGAGGCAGGGCAUGGAUGGUCCCGGCGCCUCCCCAUUGGACAGCCCGGCCGUGUCUACUCCCCUGCACGGCUGGCCAGCCACACGCUCACCUCCCUUCCCGCCGUCGCUCCCGGGGGAGGAAGCGAGGUGGCCUUUGCCCCCGCGAAGGCCAGCCAGGAAUGCGGGGCGCGCUUCCCAUUCCGCCCGCCCGGCGCUCCGGAACAGCGGGGGCGCGAAGGGACGAAAGGGGCGGGGGCGCCCGGGCCUCACCACGCCACCGGGAGGGGAGACCCAACCCAAGCGGCUCGAUCGCUAGCCCUCGCGGUUCCGGCGUGCAUGACUUGUGAUCGCGGACCGCGGAGCAAGUCCCAGGCCGCUCCCUUCCCGCCCCGUCGCGGGGCUCGGAGCCCGCACGUGCAAACGACGCGGCAGGAGAAGGACCCACGCGCGGCUACCCGUGCUCCCAGUCGGCCAAAAGCAAGCCCCACUGGCGGCCACCGCCGCGUGGCGCCGCGCCGCGAGGUGCGCCUCAGCGCAGGGCGCUCCGAGUGCCCGACUUCGGGGUCGCGCAGUGCCGGGCCAUCCCCGGCCUGGCCGCCCCCUGGGCGCAGGGGGAGUGUCUUCUGGCUGCAGCGCGCGGGUGCUGUCGCCCCGGCCCGUCUCUCCCACCGCAGUGGUCUCCGGGCCACUCGACCCCGCCGGCCCGGGUCCCCGCGAGGAAAAGGCGUCCGGGGGCCCCACGCCGCGCCACUCCCGCCCUCGCCGGCCCAGGGGAGGGGGCUUCCCACAAUGCCCAGCGAGCUCCAGCCCUCACUUCCGCUGUCCGGCCGCCCGCGGGGGGCGGAGGAGCAAUGUCCCCCGCCUGCGCCCCCCCCUCCGCCCUCGCGGGGCGCCCGGGCCGGGGGCGGGGCGGGUCGGGCCGCCGGGCGCGGGGGCGGGGCCCUGGGCGGUGGCCGCGGCCGGGGCGCGGCGCGGACCAAUCAGGAGCAACCGGGCGCGCGCCGGGGGGCGGGGUCAGGGUCCGCAGGCGGGGCGCGCGCGCGCGGGCGGCUGGGGCCGCGGGGCUGGAGCGGGCGCGGGGGCGCGCGCCGGCCUGACGGACGGACGGCCGGCCGGACAGGCGGACGGAGCAGAGAGGCGGGCGGGCAGCUCGAAGCCGUCCGUACGCAGCGCUCGCCUGCGGCGGCGGCCACCACCCCGCCGGUCCCGGCCGCGGCGCGCCCUCCGCCCGCGCCCCAUGGGGUCACAGGUAAGCGGCGGCGGCUCAUUGUCCACGCGGCCGGUCGGCGAUCAGCGGGUCCAGGCGGCCACGGGGCCGCUCCCAGCCCGGCUUCCCGCAGCCGCCGCCGCCGCCCGCCCCGCCCCGCCCCGCCCCGCGGGGGCGCCCUCCGGGAGGCGCUCGGGGCGGUGGCGACCCCGGCCCCCGCCUUCUCCGCGCCCCCGCCCCGCGCUGCAGCCGCGCUGAGCGGAGCGGGCGGCGGGGGUUGGUGCGGGUCCCUGCGGGACUGGCGCGGAGGCGCGGGGGCGGCGGGCGUGGGACUGCCCAGCCCUCGGCCCCGGCGCCUCCUGCCGCCGCCGCCGCCGCCGCGGUCUCUACUCGUCACCUCCGAAAGGGGAAUUUUCCAGCUGGUAAUUUCUGCUGCGUCAACGCCCGGCUCGGGAGCGCAGCCCGGGGGCGUCCCGGCGCCCCCCGCCCGCAGCGCCCGCGCCCCCCGCCGCAGCCGCCCCGCCGCGCCCGGGCCGCCCGCGCGCCGAGUUUGCCAAGAGUCGGAACUGCGGGAGGCGGCGCGCGGGGUUCCCCGCGCCCCGGUCGGGCCUCGGGGGGCAUUGCCUCCCCCGAAGCUGGGUCCUGGCUGCUAG